CAUAAUUAUUCAGUUAGACGAAGGAGAGGAGGAGACAAAGUAGGGUGUGAGAUUGAGAAGACACAGGAUGGAGAAGUGAGAGAGUUAACGUGGAUUUAGUUUCACUUUAAUUAAUUAAUUUAUUUAAUUUCACUCAAUAAAUUCAAAACCAUUUUCACCUCUCUCUCCAGCUUAAACAAAUCUUUCUCGUCUUCUCUCUGUAAUAUAUUUUGCUUUGUUGUGCUUCGCUGGUUUUGUUCUGGCUGGGUCAAUCCAUCUCUCAAAAUUUUUAUUUUAUUAUUUUUAACAGAGAAGCAGUGAACGUGGUGUUGUUUUGUCUCGUUGCUUCUACCAAAUACUUCACGCUUGAAGAGAACAUGAUUAGUGUGUUUGUUUCUAGUUUUUAAACUAACCCCAUUUUUGGAAUUUGAGCUCCUUUCCAUCUUUUGAGACCCAUGCUUGUCUCUCAGAUUUUGGAGCUUUUCUAUUCUGUUUUUGAGAAAGAGGGUCUUAAUAGGUCUACACUAUACAGAGCUUUGAAACACAGAGCAAGAAACUGAGAAUUUUAUAUGUAUUUCUUGUUGGGCUUUGAGCUGUUUUUUAAUAAUUCUUACUUUUUUGUUCUUCAGUCGCACCAAACAAUGCUGCAAUCGUAUUUUUCUAUGUAGUGAAAAAGUUUAUCUGAUGACUUUCCUGUACUUGAAACAAAGUUGUGUUCUUUUUGCAUUUUCUUAGAUAUCUUAGAUAUGGAGUGGGUGUGUAGCAAGUAGUAGUGGGGGUUCUUUUGUUGUUUUUGUGGGUUGUAUUGAGAUGUGUUUGAAGAUGCUACAGCACCAUAUCCAGAAGCAGUCACUGGUUCAGAACCAUUCAGUUUCUCUGAGAGUAAAUGAUCAAACGGGGACUAAAAAAGGGUACACAUUUAUUCAGGCCAACAGGGGUUGGCUUCCCAAGUUUUUUAUGCUAUGGGUUUUGAUGGUGGCUUUUUUCAGCAUGUUGCUCUUUGAAGGUAUGGAUGCUGAAAAUAAGGUCAGGAGGAAAGAUUUUUUGAUUAGUAUGUGUGAUCAGAGGGCUAGAAUGUUGCAAGAUCAGUUCAGUGUUAGUGUUAACCAUGUUCAUGCCCUUGCCAUUCUUGUUUCUACCUUCCAUUACAUCAAGAAUCCUUCUGCAAUUGAUCAGGAAACAUUUGCAGAGUACACGGCUAGAACGGCUUUUGAGCGACCCUUGAUGAGUGGAGUUGCUUAUGCACAAAGAGUGCUUGAUUCAGAGAGGGAAAAAUUUGAAAGAGAGAAUGGGUGGAUUAUAAAGACAAUGGAUACAGAACCUUCACCUGUGCGGGAUGAGUAUGCACCGGUGAUAUUCUCUCAAGAAACUGUCUCCUAUAUUGGAUCACUUGACAUGAUGUCUGGGGAGGAAGACAGAGAAAACAUUUUGAGGGCUAGGGCUACUGGGAAAGCAGUUCUAACAAGCCCCUUUAGGCUGCUGGGUUCUCAUCAUCUUGGUGUUGUGUUGACAAUUCCAGUUUAUAAGUCCAAGCUACCUCCAAAGCCAACUGUAGCAGAGCGUAUUGAAGCAACUGGAGGAUACCUUGGGGGAGCGUUUGAUGUUGAGUCCCUUGUGGAGAAUUUACUUGGGCAACUUGCUGGUAAUCAAGCAAUCUUGGUUAAUGUGUAUGAUAUCACCAACUCUUCAGAGCCCUUAAUCAUGUAUGGUCACCAGAAUCAAGACGGUGACAUGUCUCUUGUGCAUGAGAGCAAACUUGAUUUUGGAGAUCCAUUUAGAAAGCAUGAGAUGAAAUGCAGAUAUCUUCAAAAGGCACCCAUUCCAUGGACGGCACUCACCACUGCUUUCUUAUUCUUCGUGAUUGGUUUAUUAGUAGGGUAUAUUUUAUAUGGUGCAGCAAUUCACAUUGUUAAAGUUGAGGAUGAUUUCCAUGAAAUGCAGGAACUGAAAGUCCGAGCAGAAGCAGCUGAUGUUGCCAAAUCCCAGUUUCUAGCAACUGUUUCUCAUGAAAUUAGAACACCCAUGAAUGGUAUCCUUGGAAUGCUUGCUUUGCUUCUAAGUACAGAGUUAAGUUCUACACAAAGAGACUAUACUCAAACUGCUCAAGCUUGUGGAAAGGCACUGAUAACAUUAAUAAAUGAGGUGCUUGACCGGGCAAAAGUUGAAGCUCGCAAAUUAGAGCUGGAAGCUUUCCCGUUCCAUGUGAGAUCAAUACUGGAUGAGGUCCUGUCUUUAUUUUCUGAGAAGUCUAGAAAGAAAGGCAUUGAGCUGGCGGUGUUUGUUUCUAACAAAGUUCCAGAAUUUGUUAUAGGGGAUCCUGGCAGAUUCAGACAGAUCAUCACAAAUCUUGUGGGGAACUCUGUCAAAUUCACAGAGCGAGGGCAUAUAUUUGUCAAAGUUCAUCUAGCUGGACAGUCGAAUGGUAAUACAAAUGUGAAAGAUGAGACUUUCUUGAAUGGAGGAUCAGAAGAAGGUGCCAAAUCUGAUACGGAACAGUACAGAACUCUGAGUGGUUUCCGAGCUGCUGAUGAACGGAAUUGUUGGGAUUCAUUUAGACAUUUAGUUGCUGAUGAAGAUUCGCAACCUAAUUCAUCAGUUGUAGACAUGAUGGCAGCUAAUGAUGCCUCGGAGGAUGUCACUUUGAUGGUAUGUGUAGAGGAUACAGGAAUUGGGAUCCCUUUCUCUGCCCAGCACAGGGUUUUCACACCCUUCAUGCAAGCAGACAGCUCAACCUCUAGACAUUAUGGAGGAACUGGUAUAGGCUUAAGCAUCAGUAAGUGUUUGGUUGAGCUGAUGCAUGGUCAGAUAAACUUUGUAAGCCGUCCUAAGAUUGGGAGCACAUUCUCAUUCACUGCUGUUUUUGGGAGGUAUAAGAAAAAAGCAAGCCUUGAUAGGAGCAAGUCCAAAUCUGAGGAGCUUCCUAUCGCCUUUGGAGGACUGAAAGCAGUAGUAGUCGAUGAAAAACCAGUUAGAGCUGCAGUAACCCAAUACCAUUUGAGGAGACUCGGCAUUGUGUCUGAAGUUGCUACCAGCAUCAAGUCGGUGUUUGGCAUGUCUGGAAAAAAUGGUUCUACUAUACCUGGAAAUAACACCCAGCCUGAUAUGAUUCUUGUUGAGAAGGAUUAUUGGGUAUCCGGUGAGCAUGGUUCUGCUAUAGGUCAGCUCUUGGAUUUGAGGCAGAAUGGUCAUGUCUUGAAGUUUCCUAGGCUGAUUCUUCUUGCAACAAAUAUUAGUGAUGAUGAAUUUGAUAAAGCAAAGGCAGCAGGUUUCUCGGAUACUGUCAUCAUGAAACCUUUAAGAGCAAGUAUGAUUGCAGCUUGCCUUCAACAGGUGGGUGUAGGGAUGAAGAAACAAGCUGGAAAGGAUGCGCCAAAUGAUUCUGGAGUACCUAUUAAGAGCUUGCUUUGUGGCAAAAAAAUUUUGGUGGUUGAUGACAACAUUGUAAAUCGCAGAGUUGCUGCUGGUGCACUAAAGAAGUUUGGAGCCAAUGUAGAGUGUGCUGCUAGCGGUGCAACUGCACUUAAGUUACUUCAAAUACCCCACAGCUUCGAUGCUUGUUUCAUGGAUAUUCAAAUGCCAGAAAUGGAUGGGUUUGAAGCAACUCGUCAAAUUCGGAAGAUGGAGAGCCAAGUAAAUGAGCAGCAGAUGGUAAAUGGUGGAUCAACAAUUGAUGGUACUGCCAAAAGGUCCGAGUGGCACAUGCCAAUAUUAGCCAUGACAGCUGAUGUUAUUCAUGCUACAUAUGAAGUGUGCCUCAAAUGUGGAAUGGAUGGAUACGUCUCAAAGCCCUUCGAGGAAGAAAACCUCUAUGAGGCAGUUGCCAAGUUCUUCGAAUCCAAACUGAAACCCGUCUCUGAUUCCUAAAGGGACUUUCCAAGCCUCCUGGGGAUCAUUACAGGCUCUACUGUACCAGCAAUUUUUGAAAUCCAGGUGACAACACUCAAGGUUUCGAGGUUUCCUGACAGACAAAAAAACCAAACUUGAGGUUCUCUCAUUCUCUAACCAACUUCUAAUAACUCUUUUGUAGGGUAUGAGUACAUGUAUACUACUACAAGCCCUUCAUCUCCAAAUUGUAAGUAUAGAUGGUUAGAAGGUGUAAAUCUAUUAUAGUUUUGAGUCGCUGUUAUUAUUAUUAUUAUUAUUAUUUUUUUUUCCUGGAGAUGAUGGGGUUGAUUAAUACUUUUAUCUGUACAAUUGUUUGUUCUAAAAGAUUUGGUCAUUAGACAUUUUUAAAUUUAA